AUAACAGAGACAGAGGCGUGAGAGGGAAAUUAGAAAGAGCAAAGAAAAGGAGCGAAGAAGAGCAUCGAGUAGGAUUCUUCAUCCCUUCACAUCGUUGCCAAGAUGAGUACUAUGAAAUUUUGCCGUGAAUGUAACAACAUUCUCUACCCUAAAGAAGACAGAGAUCAGAAGAUUCUUCUCUACGCUUGCCGCAACUGCGACCAUCAGGAGGUUGCGGAUAACUUCUGUGUAUACAGGAAUGAGAUACAUCAUUCUGUUGGAGAGCGCACUCAAGUGUUGCAGGAUGUAGCUGCAGAUCCAACGCUUCCUCGGACCAAGUCUGUUCGCUGCACUCAGUGCAAUCAUGGUGAAGCUGUCUUUUUCCAGGCAACAGCAAGAGGGGAAGAAGGAAUGACACUUUUUUUCGUUUGCUGCAAUCCAAACUGUGGAUACCGAUGGAGAGACUGAAAUUUGAGCUUCUUCAGAUGAAGGUUCAAUACUGGGGAAAUCCAAUAUUUGUUUUAGCCUAUUUUGAAAAGUUAAUCUUUUUAUUUUUCUUGUCAAGUUUCUGAAAAGCUUUUGGAAAACAGAAACUACUUCUCAAAUUUUAAGCUAAAGCAAAAAGGGCUAUGUUGUCUAUAGUAUGACAGAGGAGAGAAUGCAUUUCUGAAAAGCUUUUUAUUUUUGUUUUAACUGCAGUUUCUGAUCUAAUGAUUAAAAUAGUUAAUGUAAAA